GAGUACCAGACAACCCAAUUCUACUGCUUUACAGCCCAUAGUUGCCCCCAUCACAGACUCUCUUUCUUUCUUUCUUUAUUUUCUGACUAUUACUAGUAGCAAGCCUAGCAGUGUAAUUGGUUUUGUAAUAAGUAAUUUUUCUUCUUCCUCCCUCCUGUGCUGGUCUUUUCACCUUGGGAUCGUCAUUUCUUCUGCUCGUUUUUCAUUUUCUGAAAAGAUUCAUUAGUACGAGUUGGUGAUUCAUUGCUAAUUAGCGACAAAAAUCAAAUCUUUUUUCUUCACUGUAAUUUCCCUUGCUGGAUUGUUUCUUUUAUUUAUUAUUUUUCAAAAAUAUAUAAUAUAUAUUCCUUUGAGUUGGAUUUCGAAUGUGUGUGUCUGUGUCGGCGCGAGGUCACUUUCUGUCGGCAUUGUUUCUCUGAUGAGACGAAAGUAUGGCGAUGAUGGUCUUCUUCCCCCCUCCGUUUCUUUAAUUCAAUUCUAAAUUCAUCUCUAAGCUCAAACUAGUCCCGUAUGUAUGUAUGUAUGUAUUAUUAAUAGCUCGGUAUCCCGAUCCCUUUACAGCCGCAUUCCCCAAUCAUUCAUCCGUUACUUUACAACCGACUUGAAGUACUUGGCUGAUUGGUUACUCCAAUGCCUACUAAUUCUUGAUUCAGAAAUUGAUGUCUGUGAUCUGAGCAAUUUCAUUGGGUCUUUUACUUUUAGGGAUCUUGCUAAGCUAUUAUUGUUCCAGCCCUCAACAGUUUGGGGAGCAAGCCAAGUAGUAACUUGUACAUAGCUGAAUAAAAGUCGACAAGGUUCUCAUACCAAAUGUCAAGGACUCUUGCAGCAAUAGUCGGAGGAGCUGCAGGAGCUGCGGCUUUGCUUGGGGUGGUGAUUUUUGUCACAUGGUUCUUCCUUUGUAAUAACAGGAGUGUUUCUAGAACUUCAGAGACGGGCUCUUCUGAUCCAUCUCAAGGUGGUGGAAGACCUCCGGGUCAGGGGGUGGAAUUGGUGAUCCGAGAAACAAGGGUGUUUAAGAUUGAAGAAUUGUGUUCGGCUACAAAGAAUUUUAGUGACAAAAGUUUGAUUGGGGAAGGAAAAUUUGGGGAGGUGUACAAAGGCUUACUUGAUGAUGGUAUGCUAGUAGCCAUAAAAAGGCGACCUGCUCCCUUUAGUAACGACUUCAUUGAAGAGGUGAGAUAUCUGGCAUCAAUUCAGCACCGGAAUAUUGUGACUCUUCUAGGUUACUGCCAGGCAAAUGAUCAACAGAUUCUUGUAUACGAGUAUGUGCCUAAUGGAAGUGUUUCGGUCCACCUGUAUGGGGGGGCUGGGGAGCACGUUACUAAAGAGAAGCUUGAAUUCAAACACAGGCUUUCAAUAGCUCUUGGGGCAGCUAAAGGUCUGGCUCACCUCCACUCACUCAGCCCCCGGUUGACUCAUAAGGACUUCAAAACAGCAAAUGUUUUAGUAGAUGAGAACUUCAUAGCUAAAGUAGCUGAUGCGGGGGUCCGGAAUUUUCUAUCAAGAGUUGACACAGCAGCAGGCCCGUCUUCUCAAAUUACAGCUGAUGAGAUUUUUCUUGCUCCAGAGGUGAGGGAGUUCAGACGCUUCUCUGAAAAGAGUGAUGUCUACAGCUUUGGUGUGUUCUUGCUGGAGUUGGUAAGCGGGAAAGAAGCAGUGGGAUUGCUAUCUUCAGACUCCAACCAGAAUCUUGUGGAAUGGGUGCAAAAUCAUCAAGAAGAAGGAACAAUGUCAAGUGUUGUUAUUGAUCCACGAAUUGGGAACAGCUUCACAACAGAAGGUAUGGAAGAGUACAUUGGGUUGAUAAUCGGAUGUGUGGAGGUUUCCAGUGAGAGACGGCCUGCAAUGAGUUCUGUGGUAAUGGAAUUGGAUAGAAUACUCGAAAAAGAAAUGAGCUUGACAACUAUUAUGGGGGAAGGAACACCCGUUGUGACCCUUGGAAGUCAGCUUUUCAGGGCUGCAAAAUAAUGGAACUCCAUUAAUUCAUUUAUUUCAUCUCCAAAUUGUUGUGUGUUUAUUUUUUUUUCCUUUUGUGAAAAGGAGAUUCAGCUGUUUGAUAAGUGUAUAAAGAACAGCUGCUUGAUUUUUAUUUACUUUUUUUUCUUUCUCAAUUACCAUUGCUUGAACGAACAAGAGUAUUGAUUGUGAAUAUAGGAGAGAAGGUGUGUGACAUUGGUAAUGCUUGGUAUGUGGUACUUGUGAAUGUUUCUUAAUCUUGUUAUUAUGUAUUUAUGUUUAGUUUCAGAAUUGCAAUUGGAAGUGGUUCAUUGCUGUUUUA